GGAGGAUGGCAGGGCGGGGUCAUCUGCCAGCCAAGCCUGUACGACUUAGUUCUUGUUUAUUCCACUCACAUUUGCGGCAGCUGCCAGGACCCGCCCCCACCGCAGCCACUGGAAGAACUGGAAGUUCAAUGUUCUUGCUAAGACUUGGUGCAUUUGCUUUAGCUGGGUGUCUGCUGAGGUCUAGCCUGGGAGGGUCUAGCCAAGGUCCGGCCUGAACAGAGAGCGAGCCCGCCGCCAUGCCGGCUUGCUGCAACUGGAAUGACGUCUUGCAAUAUGAGACGAACAAAGUCACCCGGAUCCAGAGCAUGAAUUAUGGCACCAUUAAGUGGUUCCUGCACGUGAUCGUCUUUUCUUAUGUUAGCUUUGCUUUGGUGAGUGACAAGCUGUAUCAGCGGAAAGAGUCUGUUAUCAGCUCGGUGCACACCAAGGUCAAAGGGAUCGCAGAGGUGACGGAGAACGUCAUGGAGGGUGGGGUGCUGAAGUCUCUGCACAGCGUCUUUGACACGGCAGACUACACCUUCCCUUUGCAGGGGAACUCAUUCUUCGUAAUGACAAAUUUCCUCAAGUCAGAAGGCCAAGAACAGAAGCUGUGUCCUGAGUAUCCCCGCCAAGGUACGCAGUGUGAUUCUGACAAGGACUGUACAAAGGGGUGGAUGGACCCGCAAAGCAAAGGAAUCCAGACUGGAAAGUGUAUACCCUAUGAUGAUAAGAACAAGAAAAAGAAGACCUGUGAAGUCUUUGCCUGGUGUCCCACUGAGGAGGGGAAAGAAGCCCCCCGGCCUGCACUCCUGAGGAGCGCUGAAAACUUCACUGUACUCAUCAAGAACAACAUUGACUUCCCCGGCCACAACUACACUACGAGAAACAUCUUGCCAGAUACAGGCAUCCUUUGCACCUUUCAUAAGACUCAGAACCCUCAGUGUCCCAUUUUCCGACUCGGGGACAUCUUCCAGGAAGCAGGAGAGAACUUUUCAGAGGUGGCAGUUCAGGGAGGAAUCAUGGGCAUUGAGAUCUACUGGGAUUGCAACUUGGACAGCUGGUCCCAUCACUGUUAUCCCAAAUACAGCUUCCGCCGCCUGGAUGACAAGUAUACCAAUGAGUCCUUGGUCCCUGGCUACAACUUCAGAUACGCCAAGUACUACAAAGAAAACAACGUGGAAAAGCGGACACUGAUCAAAGCCUAUGGGAUCCGUUUUGACAUCCUGGUUUUCGGCACCGGAGGAAAAUUUGACAUCAUCCAGCUGGUUGUGUACAUUGGAUCCACACUGUCCUACUUUGGCUUGGCCACUGUAUUCAUCGACUUGCUCAUCAACACCUACUCAAGUGCCUUCUGCAGGUCCAGCGUUUACCCCUAUUGUACGUGCUGUGAACCCUGUGCAGUCAAUGAGUAUUACUACAAGAAGAAGUGUGAAUCGGUGGUGGAGCCGAAGCCGACAUUAAAGUAUGUGUCCUUUGUGGACGAGCCCUACAUUCGGAUGGUGGACCAGCAGCUUCUCGGGAAGAGUCUGCAAGUUGUCAAAGGCCAAGAAGUUCCAAGGCCUCAGGUGGAUAUCACGAACCUGUCUAGGCUGUCCCUGUCUCUCCACGACUCACCUCUCAUUCCUGGGCAACCCGAGGAAAUGCAGCUGCUUCGUGAAGAGGUGGCCCCCAGGUCCGGGGACAGCCCAGGCUGGUGCCAGUGUGGAAACUGCCUCCCGUCACGUCUACCAGAGAAUCGCAGGGCCCUGGAGGAGCUGUGUUGCCGGAGGAAGCGGGGACCCUGCAUCACCACCUCGGAGCUCUUCUGGAAGCUGGUGCUAUCCAGACAAACCCUGCAGCUACUCCUGCUCUACCAGGAACCUUUGCUGGUGCUGGAGGAAGAGGUCACCAACCGCAGGCUACGGCACUGUGCGUACAGGUGCUAUACCAUCUGGCGCUUCGGCUCCCAGGACGUGGCUGACUUUGCCAUCCUGCCCAGCUGCUGUCGCUGGCGGAUCCGGAAGGAGUUCCCUAAGACCGAGGGGCAGUACAGCGGCUUCAAGUGUCCCUACUGACAGGAUAGCUGGCACAUUAUGGUGGCUCAUCGUACACAGUCUUGUCAAGACCUACAGCCACAUCUUCAGACAAAGGGAACUUAGCUUUCCUCUCUUGUAUGCUCGUUGUGUGUUGAAGACCUGAUUAGACCAACCCACAGGCGCCCAAGCCCUGGCCACAUGAAUGAGAACCAAAUGCAGAUCUGAGCCUGGAGUCUGACCCUGGCUGUUGUGCUACCCUCAACCUUGAAUGUGUACAUAGGGUCCUCAUUUCCUAGCCUACUUUCUCUGAAUUAGCUUGAGAAUGGAUUGAGAUGGUGUAGGCGAUCUCUUAUAAAUGUUUACAUCGCUCCCUGGAUGCAAAGGUCCAACCCUAAAAACUAAACCUUUGGCAUUUGAGAAUGCCCUGAGAGAUUAAAGAUGGCCACAAAUUCUUUGAUGCCCCCCACCCCGCCCUCCCAACCCUCAAGACCCCAAAACAUUGUUUUCCCCUCCCCAUUAUGGGCAGCUCUGGUGGCUUCGUCCAGUAGUAGAUGUGACAUUGUAUCUAUUCCAGGACCUUGUUUUAAGAGGCUAAUAGCUUCCACUUCCUGUCCUUGGAACUCUUGCUGAAGGGAAGCCAGCCCAAGUCGAGAUUCUGACUCUCUGAGGCUUCUCUGUUGUGAGAAAGCCGGAGCAGCCCCAUGGAGAAGUACCCAACCUGCUGCCAGCUCAUUGCCUUGAAGCCCAGUCACCACACAGGGAGAGAAGCUGCCUUGGGUGAUUCUAGCCCCUACUAACAUGUGACUGGAACUGCAGGAGUCAGGCCAAGCUCGAACUGCCCAGUCCACCCAGAGGUCUGCCCUUCUGUCUUAAGUUUGGUGGGGAGGAGGCUGUCACACAGCAAUAGGUAACUGGGACAAGAGGUGGACAUGGAGGCCUGGAGUCACCGCAAAAUGUAACACUCUACUGGGCAGUUGUAAGAGGACACGUUAACCCAGCCUAGAAGCCAUGACAUCUAACGUAUACAAGCUAUAGUCUGAUCCUCAUUGCUAGCCUAUGGUUUUAAGUGACUAUUGUCAGAAACUGGUAAAAGCCACCUCUGUGCCUUUAACAUCCUGGACUUUACAGCCAAUGAGUGGAGGCAAUCUGAGUGCUACCCAAAACUGCCAGAUGCAGAGCAAUCCCAAUGCCCAGAAGGCCGAGGAAGGAAGGUGGAGUGUUUUGCCUGCAUGUAUGUCUGUGCACCAUGCAUGCCUGGUGCCUG